AUGGCUUCCACCACCUCAACGUCUUUUUUUCCAAUCAAACUUGACGGCACCAAUUAUCCUCUUUGGCUUGCCCAGGUCAUUCCCGUCUUGAAAAGUAGAAAUCUCAUGGGUCAUGUGGACGGGACAAAGCCAUGUCCUGCCUAUCUUCUCACCGAUGGAAAAGGCAAAACUGUUAAUCCCGCAUUCGAUGCAUGGAUUAAAGAGGAUCGGAUGAUCCAGAGUUGGAUCAACGGCUCGCUUACUGCCGCUGUUUCGUCCAUGGUGGUUCCCUCUGCUUGUUCGCGGAGUAUAUGGCUGUCGUUGGAGAAGCGCUACGGUUCUCAGUCUCAAAACGACAGAGUUUUGCAGCUCUGCGGUGAGCUUCUUCACAAGAGGAGUGAUAUCUCCAUCUCGGCUUACCUAAACAGAACAAACUCCAUUGCAGACAAACUUAGGGUUGCUGGCAGCCCCAUCUCUGACCAUGAUUUAGUGACGGUUGUCACCAGUAAUUUCCCGCAGUAUAAGAUUACGGCUAACUCUAGCUGGAACCCUCUCACCUACAAAGUUCUUCAGAACAUACUAUUGACGCUUGAAAAAGAAUUGCCUAUGUAA